AUGGCUCCUGACAUGUCGGCGGUGUCCGGCGACCUAAUGCGGGCGGAAACGAUCGCAGUCGGAAGCGACAUCUGGACGGACGAUGAGGAAGGGGAGGUAUGGACGAUCGCCGAGGUCGUGCACCAGGAGAACACUAUGCUCACGGUCCGGUACAAGAGCACUGGCGAAGAGCACAAGAUCGAUUUGGGCUUUGGAGAGACGUUUCCCACGAACCCGAGAGUCGUGCCGGACAUGACGUCGCUGCAUCACAUCCACGAGGCCGGAAUCCUCCACAACCUGAGGGAGAGGUCAAAGCUUAGGAACCAGCGGCCGUACACGUUCAUGGGCACUAUCCUGAUCGCGGUGAACCCACUACAAAGAGUGCCCAGCCCGGACAUGCGUGACUACAUGGACAAAUCCCUCAACCCCGAGACCCCGCACCCCUACGCCAUCGCCGAGUUGGCCUACCACCAGAUGCGUCUGGGCGCCGGCCGAAAAAUGGCCAACCAGUCCAUCGUUGUGUCCGGAGAGAGCGGCGCGGGCAAAACCGAGACGUCAAAGAUUAUUCUGAGCUUUCUCACGCGCCGGUCUGUGGGGGGAGUCGCGAACUUGGACCAGAAGGUGGUGGACUCCUCUCCUAUCUUGGAGUCUUUCGGGAACGCCAAGACGCUUCGGAACAACAACUCCUCCCGGUUCGGAAAGUUCCUCAAGCUGCAGUUCACCACGGACAAGUACCGCCUCGCCGGCGCGUUCAUCGAGACCUACCUGCUGGAGAAGAGCCGCGUGCUUACCCAGGGAACGGGAGAACGAAACUUCCACAUCUUGUACCAGCUCGUCGCCGGUGCUUCCGCCCUCGAUGACGACCUCAAGCUGGAAGAUGUGGAAUCGUACAAGAUUCUCGCUCAGAGCGAGUGCGUCACGCUGGAUUGCAUGGAUGAUACCGAAGAGUUCGGUACGGUGAAGUCCGCGUUCGACACGAUUGGGAUGAGCCCCGAGUCGCAAGCACAGGUCUGGCGCAUGCUGGCGUCGGUGCUGCACAUGUCGAACCUCGAGUUUGACAAGGUGGACCACGAGCAGGGGGAGAUCGCCUCCAUCUCCGACCGCGAGGCCCUGUCGACGCUCGCGGCGUUCCUUGCUGUGGAAGAGGGUGCGUUAGAGGCCAUGCUGACGCAGAGGGUGGUCGUCACCAGGGGGGAGACGUUCACGAUUCAGCUCGGCCUGGAAGAGGCCAACCUCACCCGCGACGCGAUCGUAAAGUCGCUCUACGAGGCCCUGUUCCUUUGGGUGGUUGCGGUCAUCAACACCUCCCUGGGCAAGGGCCCGGACAGUUUGCCGUUCAUCGGCGUGCUGGACAUCUUCGGUUUCGAGAACUUCGACACGAAGAACGAGUUCGAGCAGCUGCUCAUCAACUUCACCAACGAGAGCCUGCAGGACACCUUCAACAAGCAGGUGUUCAACAACGAGCUCAAGCUUUACGAGGCCGAGGGGAUCGACGUGGUGGUGUCCAACUGCCCGGAUAACGCGGAGUGCCUCAAGAUGCUCUCGAGCAGGCCCAAGGGCAUCAUCCCCAGCCUGGACAACGUGUGCGCCGAGCCUAACCCCAGCGACUCCCGCUACCUGAGCGCGCUGCACAAGGAGCACGAGCGACACGAAGACUUCCCACGCACCAAGCCGCAGGACAUGCGCGAAUGCUUCUGGGUGAGGCACUACGCCGGGAAAGUGAAGUACACCGUUGAAGGGUGGGUGGAGAGGAACAUGGACCGAGUCCCGGAGUCGUUCAGCAGCACUCUCGCCGCAAGCACGAGCAAGGUUGUACAGGAGGCUACAAGCCAUUACGGCAAGGCCCCGAGCGGGGGCGCUGCCGCCAAAGCGAAGCCGACACGUGCACGCAAGACCCUGGUCAAGCCUACGGUGGCGAAGGCUUUCUUGGGGUCCAUGGAGGCCCUCAACGUCACGCUGCUGAGCACCAUGUGCAACUUCGCGCGUUGCAUCAAGCCCAACGCCGAGAUGCAGUGCGGUGUGUUCGACAACAGGUAUGUCGUCGACCAGCUGCAGUGCUUGGGAAUCCUGCAGACCUGCGAGGUGCUCAAGGUCGGCAUGCCCACCCGCGUCACGUACACCGAGCUCAAGGAGGUCCUCGGGGAUAGCGCUGCGGAGGCGGAGAAGCUUUUCGAGGGGGAGCCAGAGACGGCCUUGAUCGCGGCCAUCCUUUGGGCCUUUGAGGUCCCCUCGGAGGUGUUCCGGCUGGGAAGAACCCGCGUCUUCUUCCGCGCGGGUCAGAUCUCCACCCUCCAGAAGAUCCUCAACGAGACCGGCCCGGAGAAGGCUCCCUGGAUCUUCGAGAGGCUGCAGGAGGCCCUGGCCAACAGGCACAAGGCCAAGGCCGCCGCCGAGGAAGCGCAGGUGGACCAAUUCAUGAAGGCAGCAAGAGAGGAUGAGAUCGGGAAGCAUGCGGUGGGAGCCAUGGAACGCGUCGUGGCGGCGUCAGAGGAGACCCUCAAGACCAUCAAGACAUCGUCCACAAUUGCCAACGAGCUGGACGCCGCGACUCGCACCGCCAAGGGGGGUGACACGGCCGGAGAGAUCCGCAGGCUGGAAGACUCGCUCAAGCGGCUCCGCGGCUCGUUCCAAGAGGCCAAGGACCUGGCUGUGGGAUCGCAGGAGGCAGCUGCCAAAUGCCAGGCCGGCGCCGUAACGCAGGCCGCGAGGGACAUCGAACAGGCGGCCAAGCGGCAGGUGGAGGCCCUCCAAGAGGCCAACGCCCUGCUUCCCACCGCCGUGGCCGCCACGGAAGCGGCCCUGGCUGCUUUCAGCUCGUUCAAGGCGCUGGUUGCCGAAGCGAGCGACGAGGAGAACGCGGCGCGGGAGAAGGCGGAGGCGGAAGCGGCGGCGGCGGCGGCAGCGGCGGCGGCAGCGGCUAAGGCGGCGGCGGAAGCGGCGGCGGAGGAGAAGCGGAAAGCCGAGGAGGCCGCCCGGGAAAAGGCUGCUAAGGAAGCGGCGGAGGCAGCUGAGCUUCAGGCCAAGCGGGAUGCAGAGGCGGCGGCGGCGGCGGCAAAGGCGGCGGCGGCAAAGGCGGCAGAAGAUCAAGCAAGGGCUAUGGCUGAGAUGGAGGCGAGAGUUAAGGCUGAGGUGGAAGCGAAGUAUAAGGCCGAGGCGGAAGCGAGAAUUAAGGCGGAGGCGGAAGCAAAGGCAAAGGCGGAGGCGGAAGCGAAAGCUAAGGCUGAGGCGGAAGCGAAAGUCAAGGCUGAGGCGGAAGCGAAAGUCAAGGCGGAGGCUGAAGCGAAAGCGAAGGCUGAGGCGGAACUGGAGGCGAAGACGAAGAGAAUGUCGCUCGAUCCGUCCGAGAUGAGCGAGGACUACGAUGAGUCCGGUGAUCUGCCCCCUUCCAGGGCACCCGCCCGGGGGCAGCGCGGGUCCUUCAUGCAGAAGCAGCCCUCGCAGUCCGUGAGAGACCUUCUGGGCAAGGUCGGCGCGCCGGACAUGAGCGUAUCGCCCAGACAAGACAAGAAGAUGACCAACUACAACGACAUAACCGCAAUUGGGGGGCACUCAGAAGACAAGCAGCAGUCGUUCGAAAGCAGGUUCAAGGAGGCAAUGGAAGGCGGCGUCACGGAGGGCCACCUGAUGAAACAAGUCCUCUCUACCAUGUGGAAAUCCCGCUACUUCCGACUCGAGGACGACAUCCUGACCUUCUACGACACCAAGUCUCUCGUCGGUACACGCAAAAACAAGCGCAUGGAGCUCCAGCCCGAUUCCACCGCGUCUUACACGAACGUGCCCAACUGCUUCUCCGUGCGCACGGGCGAGGAGAACUGGAUCCUCCUUGCCAAGGACGAGGACAGCAUGGAGAAGUGGAUCACCGCCAUCAACGCCGUCAUCCACGGACUGUUCAUCAAGCGGCACAACGUCCCUGAGGAUAACUACGACAGCCAGGGGCUCAAGGGGCAGUUCUUCUACCGCAUGGUGCCGAACGUGCAGCCGCAGUGGAUACGCUCGUUCCCAGAGGAAGAGGCCCCGCGGACCGGGGAAGGACUGUUUCCCGGGGAGGUGGUAGAAAUUGUACAGGUACUCUCGAACAACAACAAGGUUUACCUUCGUAUUGCUAACGAUCGAGGGUGGACGGUGGCCGCGAACCCGGAAGACGGCUCGGUGCUGUUCGAGGAAAGCAACGGCGACUUCACCGAAGACCCCAUGGAUUAUUGUACCUCCAAGAACGAAGUCCCCAUUCUUUUCGGACCCAGCAUGGAGUCUCAAAUGACGGGCGACGCGCUCGCCCCCGGGCAGAUCGCAGAAGCAACCGGUCGCUUCGUGCCUGCCGACGAGGGUGGCUUGGCGUUCAUCAAGCUCGCGGGCGACAAGGGAUGGGUUCCUAUGAACCCCUCCUUUGGCGUCGUCCCUGCGGGGCUAUGCUAAAGUGUAGUACCCGGUAGCG